AUGUCUGAUUCUUCUAAAUCAGUACUUAGUAAUAAAGAAUUUUCUUUUCCUAGAGGUGGAUCCAAACCAUUAUCUGCUUUGGAAGUAAAAGAAAUUUCCAAUGAAGCAACCAAAGAUGUUUUAUUUGAACAAGCAGAAUCAAAUAAACGAUCAAAUUCCAGUAAAUCUGAACAACCAAAGAAGAAACACAAAAAGUCAAGUAAAAAUAAAUCAAAGAAUGAUAAAAAUGACAACGAUGAAGAAACUACUCAAUCUGUUCUUAUUGAAACAUUCAACUUUAAAAACCUUGUUAGUGGAUCAUCAGUAUUAGGUCAAAUCAAAACUAUUAAUAAACUUGAUAUUGGUUUAGCUCUCGGUGAUAAUUUGACAGGUUAUAUUCCUAUUACAUCUAUAAGUCCUCAAAUUACAGCAUUAAUUGAAAAAUUUGAAGAACAAGAACAAGAAGAAGAAGAAGAAGAAAGUGAUAAUGCAGAUGGCAAUCAAGAAACCAAGAGUGCCACUUUCAAAUCCAAAACUGAAAAGGAAUUUCCUGAUUUAUUGAAAAUAUUUAAAUUGGGAUCUUGGUUAAAAGCCAAAAUCACUACUUCAAAUGAAGAUUUCAAAAACAAAAAGAGAAUUGAAUUAACUAUAGAACCAGAAUCUGUCAAUGAAAGUUUAGAAGUUGAUGAUUUGAUUGUAAACAAUAUUUUACAAUGCUCGGUGAAAUCUAUUGAAGAUCACGGUAUUAUUUUAGAUACCGGUAAACCAGAAUAUUCUGGAUUUAUAAGUAACAAAGAAUUGACCAAUGCUAAAAUUGAUGUGACUACCAUUGUUCCAGGUUUAGUUAUUUUGUGCUCAAUAGCUACAAAACCUUCUAGUAGAACUAUUAAUUUGAAACCAAUAGUUGCCACUAUUUCUGCUAAAAAAUCCACAGUGUCUACAAUUUCAUCAAUUGAUUCUAUACAACCAGGUGUAAUUGUUGAUGCCUUGAUUAAUGAUGUUACUGAGAAUGGUUUGGUCACCAAAGUGUAUGGGUUAGUAGAUGGAACUAUUGCAUUGUCACAAAUCCAAAAUUUCGAUUUGAAAGAAUUAAAACAUAAAUAUGCCAUUGGAAGCACCGUUAAGGCAAGAGUAUUAGCAGUGUUGUUAAAGAAUGGUACCAAAAAAUUGAUUUUAUCUAUAUUGCCACAUGUUUUACAAUUAGGUGAUGAUUCUUCUCAAACACAAGCACUUGAAGCAUUCCCAAUUGGUCAUGUGUUUGAUGAAGUUAAAGUAAUUGGCAAUGAUAAACACUAUGUGUAUGUUUCUUUUGGAUCAAGUUCAUUAUUUGGACAAAUACAUCAAUCUAAAUUUGAUGAUAAUAAAACAUUGCUUGAUUAUAGUAUUGGAUCUACUCAUAAAUCUAGAGUCAUUGGAUUUAAUGAAGUUGAUAACUUGUUAAUAUUAAGUUUUGAAUCCAAAGUUAUUGAUGCUGAAUAUUUGAAUGUUAGAGAUGUUCCAAUAGGUAAGCUUCUUCCAAAUGUUGAAAUUUUAAAAGUUUUGGAAGAUGGGGUUGGUAUUAAUGUUAAAUUUUUUGAUGAAUUUAAAGGGUUUGUACCGGGAAAUCAAAUGUCCGAUAUUAAACUUGUUUAUCCAGAAAGAAAAUUCCGAGUUGGAACUAAAACUAAAGGUAGAUUAUUAAAUUACAAUGGUAAACGUGCUUUAAUUACAUUUAGAAAGGCAUUGGUUAAUUUAGAGGAUGAUGAAAUUUUGAGUAACAUUGAUCAAGCAGAAAUUGGGUUUAAAACAAAUGCUAUUGUGGAAAAAUUUGUUCCUAAUGGUUGUAUUGUAUCAUUUUUCGGUAAUUUAAGAGCAUUUUUACCUAAAACUGAAAUUUCUGAAACUUUUGUUGAAGAUGCUAGUAGUUAUUUGAAAGUGGGACAGAUUGUCAAAGUCAGAAUUUUGGAUAUUAAUAAGGAACAAAAAAGAUUAGUCGUUACAUUAAAACAAUCUAGUGAACUUUCAAAUGCUCAAAAGAAUGAAAUUAACAAAUUAGUUUCAGGUAAAUCAAUUGUGAAAACUGUCAUUGUUGAGAAAACUAAAGAUUCAGUGUUGGUUGAGUUAGAAGGGUCUCAUUUACGUGGUGUGAUCUAUGAUGGUCAAUUAUCUGAUGGGAACUAUGAACAAAAUAGAGCUCUUGCCAAAAGACUCACUAUUGGAGAGAGUUUAGAAGUUUUGAUUUUAGAUAAAGAUUUAAAAGCUAGAACUGUUAUUGCUACUGCUAAAAAAUCUUUAAUUGAAGCCUUAAAAUCAAAGAGUUUCCCUGUUGAUUUCAAUGAUGUUACUGUCAAUGCUGUUGUUAAAGGUUAUGUUAAAUCUGUUACUAGUUUAGGGUUAUUUGUUACUUUUACUGGUAGAUUAACCGGGUUAAUAUUGGCAAAAUAUGUGACCAAAAAUGCUAAGGAAGAUUUAUCGAAAAAAUUUUACAAGUAUCAAUCCAUAAAUUGUCGUGUUUUAAGUGUUGACAAAGAAAAUGAAAGAUUUUUGUUGGCAUUAAACAAUUCUUCUUCUUCAUUCACUAAAGAUGAUGAACAAUUGAUUAAACCAAUUGAUACUACCAAAAAAAUUGUUGCUGAUUAUCAACCAGGAGAAACCACUAAAGCUGUCAUUAGAGCAGUUAAAGGUACUCAAUUGAAUGUUCAAUUAGCCGAUAAUCUUCAAGGAAGAGUUGAUAUUACUCAAUGUUUCAAUUCUAUCAAAGACAUCAAGAACUUGCAUCAACCACUUGCUUCACGUUUCCAAAAAGGUGAAACUGUUGAUGUUAAAGUUAUUGGAGUUCAUGAUGCCAAAAAUCAUACCUUUUUGCCAAUUACUCAUCGUAAAUCUAAUAGAACAACUAUUUUGGAAUUAUCGUUAACUAAUCCUCAAAUUAACAAUAAACCUUUAACGGAUUUAAAACUUAAAGAUUUUAAACAAGGUGAUGAACUUUUAGCAUUUGUUAAUAAUAUUAUAAAUGGUAUGGUAUGGGUUUCUAUUUCACCUUCUAUCAAAGGUAGAAUCUCUAUGCUUGAUUUAACUGAAGACGGUUCAAUUUUCCAAGAUAUUGAUAAUAAAUUACCCAUUGGUAAUGCCAUUAAUGUUAAAGUGAAACAAGUUGAUUUACAACAUCAAAUUUUAGUAUUAACUGCAAGAGAAAAUUUUAUUGAAAAAUUUGAAGAUGUUAAACAAGAUGAAAUCUAUCCAGCUAGAAUUAUUAAAAUCAAACCAAAUCAUGUAUUAGUUGAACUUGGUAAUAAUGUUAUUGCUUCUUCAUUUCUUACUGAUGCAUUAGAUGAUUAUUCAGAAAAAUUAGAUCAUGUUUUCAAUGUUAAUGAUUAUGUUUCUGCUAAAGUUUUAGAUAUUGAUUCAAUUAACAAAAGAAUUUCCGUUAGUUUAAGAACUAAUAAGCCAACAUCAGAUAAAGUUAUAAAUUCUGUUGGUGAUUUGACUCGUGGACAAGUCAUUAAAGGAUUUGUUAAAAAUAUUUCUAAUAAUGGAGUUUACGUUUCAUUGGGUAGAUCCAUUUAUGCGUUAGUAAGAGUUUCUGAUUUAUCUGAUUCUUAUUUGAAAGAUUGGCAAAAUUUUUUCAAACCAAAUCAACCAGUUAUUGGUAAGAUUGUUAAUUGUAAACAAGAAGGGAGAAUUUUAAUGACAUUAAAAGAAUCUGAAGUUAAUGGUGAUUUGAAAAUUAUGAAAACUUUUGAUGAUUUACAAAUUGGUGAUAUUUUCGAAGGUACUGUUACUUCAACUACUGAAUUUGGAGUAUUUGUGAAAUUAGAUGGUACUGUAAAUGUUAGUGGUUUAUGUCAUCAUUCAGAAAUCUCUGAAAAUGAUGUUGAUAAUGUUAAACUGUUGUUUGGAACUGGUGAUAGAGUCAAAGUUAAGAUUUUAAAGAUUGAUCCAGUAAAGAGACAAUUAUCAUUGGGUAUGAAGGCUUCUUAUUUUAUUAGUGAUUCCGGGAAGGAAGAUAAUGAUGAAGAAGAUGUGGCAAUGGAAGACGCUUCUGAAGGAGAAGAAGAAGAAGAAGAAGAAGAUGAUGAUGAUGAUGAUGAUGAUGAUGAUGACAUUAUGGAUGUUGAUGAUGGCGAGGAAAACGACUCUGAUGAAGAAGAACAAUUUGCAAAUGAAUCACAAGAAAAGUCUUUGUCUACUGGAUUAUCAACUAAUGGAUUUGAUUGGACAGCUUCUAUUUUAGAUCAAGUUGAUGAAGAUGAAGAAUCAUCUGAUGAUGAUACUGAUUUCACCGAUUCUCUGAAAAAGAAAUCUAAAAAGAAAUCUAAAACUAUUGUUGAAGAUAAAACUGGUGAUUUAAACACUCGAGCUCCACAAUCAACUGCUGAUUUUGAAAGAUUAUUAAUUGGUAACCCUAAUUCAUCAAUUUUAUGGAUGAAUUAUAUGUCAUUCCAAUUACAAUUGAGUGAAGUUGAUAAAGCUAGAGAAAUUGGUGAAAGAGCAUUGAAAACAAUAAAUUAUCGUGAAGAACAAGAAAAAUUGAAUAUUUGGAUUGCAUUAUUGAAUUUAGAAAACACUUUUGGUACUGAUGAAUCAUUAGAAGAUACUUUUAAAAAAUCAAUACAAUAUAUGGAUUCAUUUACUAUGCAUGAAAAAUUGAUAAAUAUUUAUAAAAUGUCGGAGAAAUUCGAUCAAGCUAAACAAUUGUUUAAUAGAAUGACUAAAAAGUUUGGUAAAAUUUUAAAUACUUGGGUAUUAUAUGGAUCAUUCUUGUUAGAUCAACAUUCUCAAGAUGAAAUGCAUGAAAUUUUAGCGAAAGCUUUGAAUAUUUUACCAAAACGUGAACAUAUUGAUUUAGUUAAAAAAUUUGCUCAAUUAGAAUUUCAAAAAGGUGAUCCUGAACAAGGUAGAUCAUUAUUUGAAGGUUUAGUUGCGGAUGCUCCUAAAAGAAUUGAUUUAUGGAAUGUUUAUAUAGAUCAAGAAAUUAAACAAGAUAGCAAAAACAGUGAAGAGGAUGACACUAAUAUUAAAUCAAAAGUUGAAGAUUUGUUUGAGAGAGUAUUGUCAAAAAAGAUCACUAGAAAACAAGCCAAGUUCUUCUUUAAUAAAUGGUUGAAUUAUGAAGAAGAUAAACAAGAUGAAAAUAUGAUUGCUAGAGUUAAAUCAAAAGCUGCUGAAUAUGUACAAAAUAACAGUUGA